GCCCAGACUUCUAAACAUUAGCUGACUCUUAACCUCCAAAGCCUUGGAUGACUCCAGAGUUAUGGAUAAUGAUAAACUUUGGGUUCUCUCUGUGGGCUCUUCAGUGGCUUUAGAAGUGCUAGAUAAGCUCUUUGAAGUUGAAAAAACUCUGAAAAAUGAAAAAUUUCAGUUCAACCAAGAAGCUAAGGCUAUGCUCAGGGAAGUUGCUGAAGCAGUUAAAAAACUGGAAUAUAUGAGAAAAACCACAAUUGAGCUUCUAGAAAUUGAAAGCAUAGAGAUCAACAGAUUGCGUUUUUUACUAUGGCAUCUUCCAGGAAAGAUUACCAAGGAAAUAGAAGAUGCUGUUCUUGCUGCCCGAAAAACCAAUGCAGAUGAGAUCAUUAGAUUACGUUUGGCAAUUAAAAAGAUCAUAUAUGAAAUAGAGUUAAUGACUAAAAGACUAAGCCUUCUGGAAAAAGUGUGUUCAGAUUUGAGAAAAGAUCAAGAAGAGAUUUGUGAUGAUCAUAAAUCAAAUGUAAUAUUACUCAACGCAAAAAUGAAAGAAAAAGCUGAAAAUGAUGUCCGCACACAAGAGAUAUAUGAUCAAAUAAAAGCUGAAGAAGAAGAAAUAGCCUACUAUCAAAAUGCAAUCAAAAAACUAAUGGACAGUUUGAAUGAAGAAAAGAUGGAAUUUCAGGAAAAAAAACAAAGCUUAGAACAAUUGAUUUAUGAGAUUGAAAAAGAUAAAGAAGAGGAAGUUAAACAGAACAUUUUAAAGAAGAAAGAAUUGGCUACUAUGAUGGCUAAAAUAAAAGACAUAAAGAAAGAAGUCACACGCAGAGCAGAGGUAAAAACUGAACAGGCUGUAGAGAAGGAAAAUCUGGAAGGUGGAAUGAAAAACUUACAGGAACAGUAUGAAGAAGACUUGAAGCAGCCGGAGUUUUUGAAGAAGAAAAUGCAUGAAUAUGAAGAUCGUCUUACAAAAAUAGUGGAAAUGUAUAAAGCAGAUCAAGCAGAUCUCCUUAAAAAGAUAAAACUGGCUAAUGAAAAAUUAUCAAGUGUCAAGAUACAAAAUAAUGAUCUACAUUUAAAAAAUAAACUACUUACGGACCAGUUAAAAAGUGUUCAAGUUGAAGAACGCAACUUUUAUUUAGCACAUAUCACAGCCCAAGAAAUAGUUGACAGAAUAGAAGAAACUAUCCUAGAGAAAAAAGCCUUUUUAAACAAAAGAGUAACUGACACCAAGGCCCUAGAAGAAGGGAUAGACAAUCUCCGGAACCUCUAUCUAUCAACAGUAGAAUCCUAUCGUAAACAAAUAGAUUUUAUGAAAGGAAAUUGGAUAAGAGAAAGUCAAAGGAGUGUUAUAACUCAAUGGAAAAUAUUCCAUCUUCGAAAAAAGCAUGAAGUCUGGAAAAAAGAACAAGAAUCCAAUAUCCAAGACAUUAUUUUCAGAAUUGAAGAAGUUGAAAAGAAGCGAGCUGAAAUAUAUAAGGAGAGUAUUACGUAUGAAACAACUGCCACUAAACAAGAAGAAAUGAUUGUAGAACUUUAUGAAGAAAUAAAAGAAGAAGAAAAAAUGUUUUCAAAACUUGAGGAAGAUGUAUAUGAAACAUUAAAAGUAAUGGAGGAAAAAUAUAAUAUAGAGGAAGAAAUUACCAAAGAAAAGGAAGCAGAAUUGGAAACAUAUGUCCCCAAAGUGAAAAUGAUAGAAGAAACUUAUGAAGAAAAUGUCAAAGAGUUUGAAGAACUCAAACAUCAUGUUACAGAAAAGACUCAAGAACAGCAGUCAUUGAAACAUGGCAUCACUAUGAUGAAAAAGGAAGCCAUCUUAUUUGAAACUGACAAGGGACGUCUGAAGAGCUUAUUGAAGAAAGGCCGACAAGAGGAAUAUAAAACUUUUGACACUCGUUACUCCGCUUUAAGAAUGUCAGAAAGACAAUUUUACGAAGUAGAGCAAAAAUACAAACUUUUACUUCUGGAAAACUACAGAUUAAGAAAAGCUAUUACAGACCUAAAAGUAAUAAUAGAUGAUAUGAGAGAUGAAGGAAAAAAUAUUCUUGAAAUAACAGCCCAAAAUACUAUAGACCUGGCUGAGUAUGAAGAAAAAUAUGACACGAAAUGGGAAGAACUUCUUGACUCAAUACAGAUGUUUGAUGAUGAAAAUCAGUAUACAUUGAAUGACAUGAUGAGGCUAGUAGGAAAGCUCUGUCAGAGAGAUGACAAAUUGACAGUCAUUUGUCUAUGGCUCGAAAAACACAUUGCGAAUUUGUCUUACAUAAUUGAUUAUAAGGACUCAAAAACUAGCAUCAAAAAGAAAAGUAGAAAGAAGAAAGUGUCAGUCCAAAAUAUUGUGAAAAAAAGUACUAAGAUUCAGUAAAGAUCCAAUGCACUUUUUACUACAACUGGAAAGAUUACAGGAACAAUAAUUGCAGCAUUUCUUCAAUAAAGCUAUCUAAACAGAAAACCUGUUCUAUAUUACUAUUUUAUUCUUUGUGUUAUGUCAAAAUACUGUAUUGGUGAAAAUAAAU